AUACGAAGCUCAACAGACAUGGAUACGGUUAUUUGAAUUGUUCAACAAAGUUUCGGGUAUAAGUACGAAAGCUGGAACGGGAGAAUAUAAGCAGGAAACAAAAGAUGAAAUUUUGGAAACAUUAAUAGGAUGCCUUUGGACAUUGUCCCGAGGAUUGGACGGUGAUGUGCCACUUGCCGCAAAUCAAAUCCAAGAAUUGAUUGAUUAUUACAAGUUGAAUGUUUCUGAAAGCAUGUGUGUGAAGAUAAUAGGAACCCUUGGCGUAAUUGCCAGACGACAAAAUGCGAUAGAAGAUAAUAGGAGGAUUGGCUCCUUUUUAUUUGAAAUAAUACAAAAUCAAUUGCAAGCGCAUCCCGCAUCACUAGAUUGUACGGUUGAGGCUCUCAAUGCGAUAUAUGAUAUAUACGCAGAUAAGGAUUUUGAUUACGAUAAACCGGUAUUUGUCCAGGGUAGUUUUUUGCAACUACUGGAAAGUAUGGUUGAUGCCGUAUAUAGCAUGUCAAUAGACCAGGGUAUGACGCAUGAUUUACGUAACCGAGUUGAUGAGGCUUAUGAAAAUCUUGUUGAAUUCAUUAAAUACAAAAAAGGGGAAUUACAUAAUUGA